UUAAGGCAGGCAUCCCACAUCAGAUGAAUAGCAGUUCUGUUCCCGCAGCUGUGUUUUCCCUCCCACCCAGCAAAUGAACUGGAGAGUCCACAAGACUGCAGAUACUUGAUCUCUUGUGCGGGCUCAAGAGGAUCGAGGAGGAAACCUGGGAGGCAAGAGGAUGGGAUCAGAAAGAGAAAUGAUCAACCUUCAUGACUCUAAUCCUGGUUCCAGGCCGGAACAGGUCAUCAACAUCAACCAUUAUGCGACCAAGAAAAGCGUGGCCGAGAGCAUGCUCGACGUGGCUCUGUUCAUGGCCAAUGCUACGCAGCUGAAGGCAGUUCUUGAGCAGGGGCCUUCCUUCCACUACUACGCCACCCUGACGACACUCAUCAGCAUUUCCCUCUUCCUCCAGACUGUGAUCGGGAUUCUCCUCAUUGUGAUUGCUCGGCUGAAUUUAAAUGAUGUGACCAAACAGCAGCGUCUGGACUUGCUCAAUAACAUUGCCACGGCCCUGGUCUUCUUCACAGUCAUCUUCAACAUCUUCAUUACAGCCUUUGGGGUGCAGAAGACGGGACUUUACCCAAGCCCUUACGGGCGGAGAUACUGAGCCCAAGGAGGCAGUAGAUUUGGACUGAGACCAUGGCCACUAACUGGAAUAUCUCAUGCAGUUUUGCUGACUCCUCAUGUGCCAAACACGUUAGAAGCACAUGAGAGAGGUUCCACAUGGACCAUUUCUGCAAUGCAUAUGUGACUCCGAAGACGUAAAGAAUUUACAAGUGUCUGCAGGAAUGCAUUUUCUGAACAUCUUUUUGCCAAAGGGCUUAACUACAUUGGAGCUUCCUUGCCCAGCUGACGUGUAUGUGUACAUAUUUGUCGGAGUGCUUGUGAACAAAGCAAGAAACAAGACCCCCCCCCCCACACACACACUUUAUUGUAUGAUUCUGGUGGAACUAUAUAAAUGGUUUUAGACAGACAGCAGCCCUUUAAAAAACCUCCAACUUGCCAUUUGUGUGGUGCUAUAAAAACUCGCAGUAUGCAGGAUCUCUUCUGAGCAGAACUGCAUUCCAGAGGCAAAUGCAUAUUUCCCAGACACAUGCUUGCCAUUUAACAUAAAUUCUGGGGGAAAUUAGCAGGCCGGGUAAAUGUGCUUCAACCCAUUUUUUCUGUGCAAAUGCCUCCCAGGGCGUUUGUGUACUUCAUCCACAAAACAUCCUCAGAUCUUGGAGCAUAGCUGGGGAAAAUAAAUGUUAAAAGGAAAACAAGAAAUUGGGCAGAGGAGAACCAUUUGCAAAAGAACGUCAGCAGCUGGUGAAUAAAUUAAUCCCAUCUGAAGAUUCCCCUCUGAAAAUUCUCCCCUGCUUGAGCCUUAUGGGGGUUGGGAUAGGAGGAGAGUCAAGUUGACUUUUAACUUGUCGUUCCACCCUCAGAGCCACAAAGGAUCUGCCCGUGCAAAGUUAAGUUUGCAAAGAGAGAAGUGACAUUCUUUUGAGCCUCAGGUGUAUGGCUUCUUUUGCUAAAAUGGAUUAAGUGCUAGCCUCAUUCAUGUUUAUUAGACAGCUAGUACACUGGGAAGUUGCCCCAUGGUGCUCUGUAUCAAAUGUAACUUAACUAGGAAAAUGCUAAAGCGUUCAGGGCCCUUAAGCCAAAACUGGGAGGGAGGGAAGGCGUGGUUCCAAAAUUGAUUGCUUCCCCCACCUAUUGAUACCUAAGCGCACCUUCUGCAGCACCAAUAAAGAUUAAAUAGGAAACAUAACUAAAUGUACUUCUCUUUUCCCCUCCAAAUCCUGUCCUUUUUAAAAUCAUAAUUUAAACCCGCCCUCCCCCCGUGUUCACCUAUUCCACUUAAAAACAUUAGAAUUGUUCAGUGGGGAAAAGGGUGACCAAAAAAGCUCUGAACAACACUCCAAAGUCUAUGAGCGAGCAAAACAGCGACUAGCCCUCUUCUUUGCUCUGUAAAAUGGCUUGCUGAUUUGUUUGUGCUCAGGGCUUGAGUAAUGGUAGCAGCAGUGAUUAUAGCUGCAGAGGCUGUAGUAUCAAAAUAAAUUACUGAAUAUUGCAAAUGAGCAUAAAACCUGUUGACUGAUCAGUCAUGUGUGUACAGUGCUGUCAAGUUGCAGCUGAUUUCUGGUGACCCCAGCAAAGGGCUUUCAAGGUAAAAGCAGAGGAGGUUUGCCAUUGCCUUCCUCUGAGGUCUCUCUUCCAACUAUUGACCCUGCUUAGCUUCCAAGGUCUGAAGAGAUUAGGCUGUACCGUUGCCUUCCUUUUUACUGAUCAGUCAUAAGCAUUAGUAAUUCUGAAAUUCAUUCCAGUGCAUUAGCAGCGCAUACCAAUUUGCUGGUUAAUAAGCUAGUUAGCGUGCUGUGAGAAACUAAUGCAAUAAAGCUCCCAUGAUCCUCACGUACCAAGAGGAGGUUACCUGUUGCAUCUCUGAUCCACAACACUGGCCAUGUCUCCUCCAAACCAGCCUGCAUGUGAGAUAGGUACAUUGGCUGCACCUCUUCAUCAUGUCUAGAUCAUUCAUUCUCAAGGCAAAGAUUCAGCAGAACUUCCAGCUCUCAUAGGAGAUGUGUCCAGAACAGCGACUCAUACAGGAACACAAGUUGUGAACUCCUGUGAAGGCAGGUAGCUUUUAUUCUAAAAGCAAAUCUUGCUGCAAAAACGUUGGAAAUCACGACACAAAGGUCCACUGAUCAAUGAUAGCACAGAGGGGCAGACGCACACAGAGAGCUUCACUAUUAAUAGUUCUUUUGCCCUGUAAAUUUUGGCCAAGUAGAUCUCUACGUGCAAACAAAAGUGAGUAUUGAGCAGCCCUCCUUAAGAGCUGAAGGCCACACACACACGAUAUUACUUUCUCAAUACUAGUUUUGUAUCUUAAGAAGUUAUAGCUAUGUUGAAGUUUGGACCGGAUAAAACACACCACCAGCAUAUAUGUGGUGAGAAGUAAAUAACAUUUGUAAAUAACAUUUGUAACCUCAACUAGUGUAUGGCAAUAAAGUGUUUAUAGUAAGGUAACAUCUAAGGCUGUACGUGUUAACCUUGUCUUCUGAAGCACAGUGUAAUGAUCCAGAAACUUAUUUUUAAUGCUGCCUUUUGUUUAUUCCAUUUCAUAUCAUUUUAAAAGAAGACUUGCUGUUGUGUUAGCCCACUGAGAACUGGGACAUUCUUUGUAUAUUCUAGGCAUUAUAUGCUUUCUGUUUUAUUUAUUAAAAGUAUAUUUUAUCCAAA